AUGAAGUCUAUUGUUGGUCUCGUUGCUGCUUUCUUCGCUAUCACUUCUGCGAGCGCUUACAGUCCCGGGAAAGUCACCGGCUCCGUCGUUGACCACUCCACCGACUCGACGUCAGGUUCAAUGGAUACACCGACGCAGGCUUUGUCCGCAUCGGGUUCUUCGCUAUCAGCCGACGUUGACGAUAUGGAUUGCGCUGGAGCAUGCAUGCAGGUGGAUGCCCCCGUUUUGGGCGACGACGGCAUUUGGUACACGAAUGCGUGUGAGAUGCGGAUGGCGAAGUGUGAAAAGAGUGGCAAGAAGGCACGUACGCAACGAGAAGCUCUACGUCUUGCGAUAUGA